AGCGGUGGGUGGCUUUGCAAUAUCAACCUGACAGCCUUUUAGCAGCGCUCAGUGUGAGCUGGGACUCACCCUGUCAGACUACGUCUUCGUCUGCAUCGACCAUACCGAAGACUGGAGAUUUUGUUUUUGUGUGUGUGUUUCUUUUAACGGAAUCGGGCUCACCUUCCGAUCUGCAUUUUUUAACAGUCUCUGCAUGGCGAAAAUGAAGAUGGAGGGUGUCUGGAAGAGUGGAGUAGUAGUAGUUAUGCUGCUGUGCUCUCUGUUGGACUGCCAAAUAUGCGUGUGGGCAAGUCUUGAUGUCAAUGAAACUCAGCAGCACCAUCCCGCUAAUGUGUACCAUGACAUGGGACUCACCAGGAACAAGAUAGUCACAGCACAGUUUGAGUGCUACCAAAAGAUAAUGAAGGACAACCCUUCCAACAGACAAGAGCCCAUGUGUAAUCGCACUUGGGAUGGGUGGUUGUGUUGGGAUGACACCAAGGCAGGCGUCAGCUCAGAGCAGCACUGUCCAGACUACUUCCAGGAUUUUGAUCCUUCAGAGAUGGUUACAAAGAUUUGUACAGACAGCGGCCAAUGGUUCUUGCAUCCCGAGAGCAACCGUACAUGGACCAACUACACUCGCUGCAAUGAACACACCAGCGAAGGCAGAGUGACUGCAAUGAAUCUUUUCUACCUAGCUCUCAUAGGACAUGGACUGUCCUUGACCUCGCUAUUUGUCUCUCUCGGAAUAUUCUUCCACUUCAAGAGUUUAAGUUGUCAAAGGAUCACACUUCACAAAAACCUGUUCUUUUCCUUUGUGCUCAACUCUGUGAUUACCAUUAUUUGGUUAACCGCAGUUGCAAACAAUCAAGAACUUGUGCAGAGGAAUCCAACAAGCUGCAAAGUGUCACAAUUCAUUCAUCUUUACCUAUUUGGUUGCAAUUACUUCUGGAUGUUGUGUGAGGGAAUAUAUCUACACACACUUAUUGUGGUGGCUGUGUUUGCUGAGAAGCAGCACCUGAUGUGGUACUAUCUUCUUGGCUGGGGCUUCCCUCUCAUUCCCGCUUCCAUUCACGCAAUUGCAAGAAGUUACUACUACAAUGACAACUGUUGGAUUAGCUCCAAAACAUCACUCCUCUACAUCAUCCAUGGCCCCAUCUGUGCUGCUCUCCUGGUUAAUCUGUUCUUCCUGCUUAACAUUGUGAGAGUGCUCAUCACUAAGUUAAAGGUGACCCAUCAAGCAGAGUCAAGCCUCUACAUGAAAGCAGUGAGAGCCACCCUCAUCCUGGUGCCGCUUUUGGGAAUCCAGUAUGUCCUGCUUCCCUACAAGCCAGAGGGACGAGUGUCCUCAGAAAUAUACGACUACAUUAUGCACAUACUAAUGCAUUACCAGGGUCUACUUGUGGCCACCAUCUUCUGCUUUUUCAACGGCGAGGUGCAAGCAGUCUUACGGAGGCACUGGAACCAGUACAACCUCCAGUUUGGCAGCAGCGUAGGAAAUCACUCGGAUGCUUUGCGCUCAGCCUCCUACACAGCUUCCUCCAUCACGGAGGUCCAAGGCUGCUACAGCAUCGACGGCCACUCAGAACACAUGAAUGGCAAAGGCUGCCAUGACACAGAUGCAUCCAUCUUCAAAUCGGAAAACCCCUUCGACUGACCGUGUGCUCUGUACUCAACCUUCAACAGGUUUGACACCAAUACCUUCCAAGGCACUCUUCAUCAAGUUUUGUCAAGUCAGCACUGAAGGAAAAAGACUACAUACUCAAAACACUUUCUCUGAAUGCUUUUAUUAAAGUACAUUACAAAAUGCUUUUGACCUGUUUCGUGCCAAACUUACCCUUACCCUCCUCAUUUUUGUUGUUGUUGCUAUAAUUAUGAUAUAAUAAUGUAGUUAAUACAGUGUAUUCUAUUCUGUAGGCCAUUUAACAAACAAUGACAAAGCAUUUUUUAUUUGUUUCAUUUGUUUUUAUUGUAAUGAACUGUAGUAUGAUGGUCUGGAAGCUGCAUUGUUUGUUUUUUUUAAGUCAAUGCACUGGCAAGAGACAAAUGGGGUUGCUUUAAGAAAAAUUUUGCAUUAGAUACUCUUGAACAAAAUCUUAAGAUGGGUAGAAAAUUGUGGAUCCACAAUUUGGCUCGUUCCGAAAGAUCCAGGUCUGCGUUACUGUCGAUGCCGCAAUCCGCCGGUCGAUCUCAUUCCAUCUUCCCCUGACAACUGAUCGAGCGAAAGCUGAAGAUCACUGCUUGGUGAAGUAAGCAGGACCACAUCAUCUGCAAGAAGCAGAGAUCCAAUCCUGCAGCCACCAUAGAGAUCAUAUCAAUGCCCUAGCUGCGGCUAGAAAGAUUAUGAACAGUCGGUGACAAAGGGCAGCCCUGGAGUUCAACCCUCACUGUUUCGUAAUCAAAGUUCUGGCACUUUCGUAACAUUCAGUUACGCAGUGUACUUGAACACGCAUAAUAAAAAUGAUUAAAUGUUUCCCUGGCUGUGAAUAUAGAAUGUAAUGUUCCAGCUCUAAGAACCAUUCUUCACAGAGACCCCAACAUGUCAAUGUUUACUUUAAGCACUUGAGGCGCACUGGUUGGCCUGCCGAUAAGUCAGUGUCAAUGUACAAAAACCCCAACAAUAAUUUACGUUGAAAACCCAAUCCUAGGUUCCACUCUGAUCAGAUUUUGUGAUUGUAAGAUUGAAUGAUUGUUUUUUUUCACACCAAAAGUUGGUUUUGAAAAUGCCCCUAAUUUAGCACUCUUAAUUUGUUCUUACAUACUAUCUUAAGCACACUGUCCAUAGUGCUGGCAAGAUCAGUAAAGAGGCAAACAAGAGUGAGACAUCUCUUUGUGUGUGAAUGGUUUAUUUUACAGUGGAGUAUAAUAUACCCAGAAGCCUUCAAGCAUGAAAUAUUAUCUGACUUGGACAAAAAAAAUCGACAGCGGAUAAGGACACGGACCCCGAACUGUCUGGCUUUGUUUGCCACCACGCUUUGUAGUUUCUCACGUCUUUGUAUCCUUUCUAUGAACUGCCAUAUUAUCCAAAAACUACGUCAAUUUUGUAAAUAGUUUCUUCCACCCCGCACUGUGAAAGUAUUGUUCAUUUUGCCAUCUUUUUUUCUUAUUUUGGACACAGUAACUCUUGUUCUACGUUAGUAAAAGCAGAAUUUUUAUUUUAGCAGUCUCAAAUUCUCUUAAGUAAAAUUGUGUACAUGCUUUACGUACAAUGACGGAUCAUGGAAGUUCCUGGACUUGGAGUUAGUGUGUAGAGCCAGGGGCAUAAUGGUAACUGAUUUAUGUACAGUUUGACAUCUUUUUAGGAUGCUACAAAGAUGGAGGUGGAAAGUGCAUGACAAAAGCAUUUCAGACAAUGUCUUGUCAUUUAUUUUAUAAAGUGUACUGUAUUAUACCAACAUAAUCUUAGUUUGACCUCACUCUGCUGUUUGAAUGUAAGGAUUUUGUUUCAACUGUUUUUUAUGAUUAAAUAAUGUUGCUACAGUGUAUAUAUAUUCAUACUAGAACAUUAUAGGACAGCACUACACAACCUUGUUGUUCUUUGCUUGUUUUUUGUUACUUUUGUUUUGUUGAAGGAGUAUAAUGCACCACCACUUUGUUACACCGACCUAAUAAAGGUAACUACAAUAUUGAUUGUUGCUA